UGUUGAGGUUAUGUUGAUCUUAACCUUAAGCGAGCAUGUUUUGAUUGAACACUUCCAGUACGCGUUAAUACAUAAUGUCCGCCGAACCGCAAGAUAAUAAAAGAAACAACCGAAAACGUAAGAAGUCUUUCCUGAAAAAUGCCAGGAAGUACGCGAAAAAAGGCCACUUUGGCCGUGGUAGCCACAUAGAAUCGGAUCUGUAUCAAUAUUUCGUUCGUAUUAUGGAAACGUACCGUGAGGGCUUCGACAACGAGGAGGACAAGCUUAACUUCGCGAACAAUGUUUUCGAACAAACCGAAAACGAGGAGGUGAAUUGUAGUUGCAAUCAAGUAGGCUGUCGCGUGAUUGAAACGUUAUUGCCCUUUGCGAAUGACGCAGUUUUGGCCAGAUACAUGAAAGCUUUUGGGGAUGACCUUCGGCCUAUUUGCAGUGAUAGAUUUGCCACACAUGUGUUGGAAGCACUUGUAAUACAGUCUACAACAAGAUCUUUACUCCCUGACAAACCUGAAGAUGUGAAGGAAAGUUAUAAAUCCUUUGCUUUGAAAAUUAGCAAGUUUUUGUUAAAUAAUUUGGAGGACUUUGUUUGGGAUACAUACGGCAAUCACGUUAUUAGAACUUGUUUGUUAAGUUUAGCUAAAAUUCCAAAAGAAGAUCCCAAAGGUCAAACAGAUGUUAAUCAAAAUGAAGAUACUGAUAUUCCAGAUUAUUAUGCUGAAAUUGUUAAUGAUUAUGGUGAGAGGUUGAUAGUCUGGCCACAGUUUAAGGAAUUAUGUAAUAAUGAAUUAACUUCUGGGUUUUUGCAAGUCUUAAUGAAAGCCCUGAAGAAAACAAACAAAAAGUUAUUAAAUAAAUACAUGAAAAAGCUUCUGGAAGAAAUUUUUGCUCCUGAUGAACCAGACAACAAUCCAAACACAUUUCCCCCAGUUUUUCUGUCAAAGUCCACAAUGAUGUUGUUGGAAACUGCUUUGCAAGUUGCCAAGUCUAAAAUGUAUACUCAGAUUUAUUUAAAAUGUUUUCAAGGAAAGUUAUUGAAAUUGGCAGUCACUAGGAUGACAAAUUUUUCAGUACAAAAAUUGCUGGCAAAUUGUGAAGAAAAGACUGAAUUUGAGCCAAUGUUUGAUGAACUGGCUGAUCAUUUUCAAGAAAUAAUUGAGGCUGGACAUUCAGGAGUUGUUUUAUCAUUAGGACAAGCUUGUAAGAAGUUAAGUGCUAAACAGGGAAAUUUUGUACAGAGUUUGAUGAAAUGCAUGCAAUGUGAAGAAGAAGAUAAACUGAAAGAUUUUAUUUUGUGUAUGAGCAGAUUUACACAAUAUAAUGACAUGAAAGGAAAAUCCAAUGAAAACCUGCAAAAGGAAAAAUUGAAUCUACAUGGAACCCUGCUUCUACAAUUGAUGCUUGAGUUUAACAAACCCAUUAAAAUUGUUAAUGGUUUGCUUAACAUGGAAGUAAAUGAUUUAAAAAAUUUGUUUUCAAACAGCAUGGGGAGUCACAUUGUUGAUUCCUUUGUGAAAAGUGAAUAUGUUGGGAUGAAAAGUCGAGAGAAAUUAGUUCGGAAAAUGAGGGGUACUUAUCAGGAACUUGCGUCAACGAAAUAUGGAUCUAGGUGUUUCGAAGCGCUGUGGAAUGCCGCUAAUUUAAAAGAUAAGCUUCAAAUAUUAAGUGAAUUGGUUUAUAAAGAUGCGGCAUGGAGUAAUUCAGAACAUGGAAAAAUUAUAUCUAGUAAAAUCAAUUUUGCACUCUACAAAAGGAAUAAAGAAGAAUGGAAAAACAGCUUGAAUAAAACAGAUAAAACUGAGCUGUUUGCAGAGGUUUUGAAUUAAUAUGUUGUUGUAUAUUUUUUAUUUUAAUAACUGAUUAAUAUAAAACAUUUUAUAAACA